AUGUUCUGUGAGAAAGCCAUCGAACUGAUCCGAGACCUGCAGCGGAGCAGCGACGGACAGCUGCCCGCCUUCAGCGAGGACGGGCUGCGGCAGGUUCUGCAGGAGAUGGAGACUUUAUAUGAACAGAACCAGGCUGACGUGAAUGAAGCCAAAUCCUCGGCCCGCUCGGACCUCAUCCCCUCCAUCAAGCUGCGUCACUGCUGCCUGCUGAGGAACCAGCGCUGCGUCCUGGCCUACCUGUACGACCGGCUGCUGAGGAUCAGAGCGGUGCGGUGGGAGUACGGCAGCGUGCUGCCCACCAACGUUCGAUUCCAUAUGUCAGCUGAGGAGGUGCAGUGGUUCAGUCAGUACAAGAAGUCUCUGGCCUCCUUCAUGCGCUCCCUCGGCGGGGGGGUGGGGCUUGACGUCACUCAGGACAUGAAGCCUCCAAAGAGUCUCUACAUCCAGGUGAAGUGCCUGAAGGACCACGGAACCUUCGAGAUCGACGACGGAACUGUGAUCCUGCUGAAGAAGAACAGCCAGCACUUCCUGCCGCGGUGGAAAUGCGAGCAGCUGAUUCGUCAGGGCGUCCUGGAGCACGUGGUGUCCUGA